GCAGCGGAAUAGCUAGCUCGAACACGUACAGCACACUGAGGCUGAUCUCCGUCUAGCUGUUCGCUCGCCGGCCAUGCCGUCGUACCUGAGCCGCCGGGAGAGGCCGGAGGUGCGGUGCAUCAACUUCCUCUGCGCCGUGCUGCUCACGCUGGUGCUCGUCGCCGGCAUCAUCAUGUUCGUGCUGUGGCUCAGCCUCCGGCCGCACCGGCCCAAGUUCUUCCUCGACGACUUCGCCAUCCCGAACCUCAACCGGCAGUCCGGCGCCGUGAAUCUGCCGGUGAGCUUCACCGUCGGCGAGCACAACCCCAACCAGAAGGUCGGCAUCCACUACGACGAGAUCUUCGGGACGGUGUACUACAACGACCUCGUCGUCGCGUCGGGCACCGUCUACCGGCCGUUCUACGAGCCGCCCAAGGGCGACACGCCGCUGCGCGGGCAGCUCACGGCGACCGGGCCGACGCCCGGCGACCCGGCGUGGCAGCGGUUCGCCGCCGACGCGGCGGCCGGGAGCGUCGCGCUCCGGCUGCUGCUCAACUCGACGGUGAGGUUCCAGGUGAAGGUGUGGGACACCAAGGAGCACCACAUGAAGGUGGACUGCGAGUUCAGGCUGCGCGGCGACGGCACGCUCCAGCAGGAGGGCAAGAACAAGCAGUGUACGCUCUACUUCUAAAGCGUACCGUGCCGUCACCAAACGCCGCCUCUCUUUUCUUUUUUUUUUUCUUUUCUCAUUAUUUUUCUUUGUGAUGAAUGAAGAUUGGCGGUGGUGGUAUAUUUUCAAUUUAUGAAGAUUGGUGGUGGUGGUAUAUUUUCAAUUUUUUUCUUUGUGGUGGAAAAUUGGUAGUGGUAUAUUUUCAUUGUUUGGAUUUUGGGAGUGGUGUUGAACUGUUGAUUAUUCCUUCCCCCAUUUCUUUGAAGUAUGUAUUUGU